AGCCACACACAGGCAUCGGGGAAGGAGGCCGGCCUCUCAGAGCCCGGCGUGGGACUGCCGCGAGCCCGGGCGGGAACCAGCCCAGCAACAGUGCAAGUCUUUCCCAAAGCGCUGCUUCCCCUUCGCCCCGUCCUCAGCCCCCGCCACGCUGCAACUGCCACCUCCUCGACUUCUCUUCCCGAUUUCCCCCCCUUCCUCCGCCGGCGAUUACUGGGCUAACGGGAAAGCGCGUGUUUGCUCCGAAGCGCGCACGCACAUUCACACGCACUUCCAGGAAACCCAGGGGGAAGCGGCGAGGCUUUGGCGAAAGGAAGCGGCCCUCCCGCGCCACACCCCUCCCUCCCCCCCCGCAACAACUUCCACCUUUUUUCUUCUUUUGGAGUCCCAAUCCGGGAAAGCAAAACACAACCCCCGACAAGCGGGGAGGGGAAGUCACUCGCACAACCCUGCCGUCCGGUGCGGUGCCCUGCUGCGCGGAGCUCUUGCCGGGGUCCCCCUCCCUCCCUCCCUCCCCCAGCCGGGGAGCCGCGAUUGUCGAGGGAUGGGAAAGAGAGGCGGCGGCGGGACCGGCGGGAGCUCUCUCGGCGGCGGACCCGCUGAAGUGCUGCAACUCCGGGCUUCGGCUUGAUUUUUCUCGCCGCCGCUGGAGAAACCACAGGCGUCUUUGCUUCCAUUGCCAGCCGAGAUGCCCCUGCGGUAACAGCAAGAUUCCUUUCAGCCAACUAGAGGCGCAAUGGUCCCCCUCUGCUGGUGCUGCCCGACGGCACCCGUGCCAGCCAUGAGCCGCACAGCCAUCCCCUCCUACCACUUCAAGAGUUUCUGUGGCGAGUUCGAGCGGGUGGAGAGUGCCUUGGAGCGCUUGGAGGCCAGCGGCUUCUACUGGGGCAGCCUGUCGGGGACUGAAGCUAAGCGGCUUUUGACCUCCCAGCCACCCGGCGUCUUCCUGGUGCGAGACUCCUCUGACCACCACCACCUGUUUGCCCUCAGUGUCCGCACGAGCAUGGGCAUCACCAACCUGCGCAUCCAGCAGCAGGGCUCAGCCUUCCACCUGGAGGCCCUGCCGGGCGCGGGUCACCCCCCAUCGUUUAAAUGUGUGGUCCAGCUGGUGGAGCAUUACCUGUGCCUGGGGGCAGUGGAAGGGGGUCCCUGCUACCUGGAGAAGGAGGGGCAGCCCCCAGUGCCCUUGGCCCUCACCCACCCGCUCUGCUGCAAGGUGCCCACCUUGCAAGAGCUGUGCCGCCGGGCAGUGCGGGCCAGCGUGCAGGGUAGAGGGGACACCAGGGCUCAGCUGCAGGACCUCCCAGUGCCCCGGGGACUACUGAACUCGCUGUGCAGCUAAGAGGGAGAUGUCGCCACCUUUAAACACCUGCAGGGUCUCUUCCCUUUCAAACAUUCCUUGUACAGUACACUGCUGCCAGCGAGCAAGCAGGGUUGCGCCGGGGGUGCCUGUUCAUUAUUAUCUUCAUGGAAUAAACUGACUGGCUUCAGCCAGCCCUUCAUUCAUCCAAAA